AUAUCUUCUUAGUAUACGUGUCUAUGGACGUAUGUAUUUAUGUGUCUGUAUGUUACAGUCCUUUUUUUUUUUAUUCAGCUUACUAGUUUAUAUUCAGAAUUAGACUUUGUACACGAAGUGUAUUCAGUUGAAAACAGUUCAGAUUUCACGUUAAAACAAUGACACGAUCCUUGAAACGAUGAACAAGCAGUUAAAAGAGCAAGAAUCAUUUGUUGCAAGUUUAUAACAGAUUUUGUUAUAAUGGAAGAAACAUCUUCUUUGAUGAAAGUGAACUCAACUAACUACACCAAGUACAAAGCCGCCGAUGAAAUUAUAUCGAAAAGCACUGCAAUUCUUGGCCUUUUGGUUGGAACAUUAUCGUCCUGUGUCUUCUGUUAUGUCUACGUUGGACGAAAACUCGAUGAAAAUCGGACAGAUUCGACAAAAAAGAGGCGAAUUACUUGGCAAAAGCUUUUCAGCUCUCUUAAUAUGUUUAGCGGCGGAAUAUUCUUUGGAAUGUCUCUACUUUUCCUACUCCCAGAAUCUUCCUCAGAUCUGGAUUCGUACUUUAAAUCAAUGAAUAAGAAUUAUACGUAUCCUUUCUGUGAAAUGCUCGUAUCAGCAGGUUUUUUUCUCGUGUUGUUCCUAGAACGUAGCGUUACCAUUCUGUAUAAAGUUUGGGAAAAGAGGAGCAAAUCCAGCGAUGAACAAUCAAACCUUCAAGACGGGAUAAAAUCGCCAAUAUCAUCGUCGUCGACAUUGUCAUCACCAUCAUCGCCAUCGUCGUCACCACCACAACAUCAACAUCAACAACCAUUAUCCCACCAGCCACUAUCAUCACCAUCACUACCAACAACAUUAGCAACAACAUCAGAAGUAAUUGAACUAACAACGAUCGCUUCAAGAAACGAUAAAAGUGAAAAUAAGGCCACAUCUGAGAUCCAUUCCAGUGAAAGUUCUUCAAGAAAUAUUUGCCUUCAUAUUGUUGAUGAGGAAGUUCUACCGUCUGACAGUAAAUACCGAAAUACCGCCGACUUUGGUUGUUUAAUUUCCAGCAGGAAAACUUAUAAAUCAGAGAAAACCUUUAAGGAAAACCAGACCAACUUAGCAGAAUCUAGCGACGAGCUGUGUAUUCUUAUACCAGAUCAAUGUGUCUGUUCGAUCGAGAAUCACUUGGUAGACUCCCAGAAUGGCAGAUUCGUUUGUCAAGAUAUCAGCAACAAGGAGAAACUAUUUUGUCGUAGCCAUUCUUCAAUUGGGAUUUACGGUUCCACCGUCACAGAUCAGACAAAUAUUCCGUUACAUUUUGCCAAUGAUAACUCGUGUUAUCAUAAUGAUGAAUAUCAUUCAGCACAAAAUCACGAAGAAAGAACCGUGAAAUAUAUUUCAAACGUCCAAACAGCAGAAGAAAAUACUCCGGUCGAAGAGACAGAAGAGAACGACGACCUCCAUCAAUCAGGUGCUAUCAUUUUACUCCUGGUCUUGAUAUUUCACUCAUUUUUUGACGGAAUUACUCUGGGAUUACGGAAAGAAGUAAUGGAUAUUUUUACCAUAAUGUUUGCCCUCAUUUUCCACAAAUGUUUAAUUGCUUUCAGUUUGACGUUGAAACUGCGAGAAACAUUUACUGAUCGUCUGUGGAGAGUAAAACUUUGGUUGGUUAUCUUCUCGUUCAUUUCUCCAAUCGGAGCAACUAUUGGAUGGCUACUUUCUUACAAUGAAAUGGAUCCGAUGGUUUUCCACAAAGGACUUUCUGGAACUCUCACAAGCAUUUCAACAGGUACACUUUUUUACGUGACAUUUUUUGAAAUUCUUGGUCCGGAUCUAAUUAACCAUAAAGGUAACUUUCUUCAAGUAUUAUCAGUAAUGAUAGGUUUUGGUGUCAUGGCCUCUCUCAAGAUUUUAUAAAGCUAGGCCGCUGAUUCUCAGACAAAUGGGUCUUGUUUUAUUUAUUUAUAUAUUUUUUUAACCUUCAGACUCAUAUUAUUGAAAUAGAACUCUGGUCUACAACACAUAACAUUCUCAUUUUCAUUUGUGAAAAUCUUCACCGCUUCAAUUUGACAAUAUUUGGUUGCAUUCGAUAGUCGAGGGUUGUGUAUUGCAAAAUGUUUAAACCGAAACGAUAAUUACAUCAAUGUAAUUCCGUUUUAAAACAUCGAACAAACAACCUCGUUUUGGAGGACCAAUAUUUUCAUAAUGGAAACAGAAAUGUAUUCGUUUUUAUGACUGCAAACAAACACACGAACCAUAUUAACAACCCUCAUCUAAAAAAUGCCUCGAUUCAUUUAAUUUUACAUUAACAGAACACUUGUCCUCUUCACGGGAAACUUGGCUUCGUGUCCUACGGGCGGCAGCCAACGAUUUUUUUCUACCCCAAGGUUGUUUUUUUAAUUUUUUACCAAAAGCUGUACGCUACUAUUUAUAACUUUAUUUGCUUCGAGAUUCAUAGUUCCAAAAAUUCCAUAUUCUUUUACAAAACAGAUAUUUUAUUUGAUUAACUCAUUAAAGCUACACUUUACCUGAUGAAC